UUAAUUCUGCAACGUGAAAGCGAGGCAAAUAAAAGCCAAAAUGGAGGAAGGUUUCAAAGUUGUUUCCAACAGAAGGAAAAAGAAAAGGAAUAAGAAUUGUCCCAAACAAAUUUCAUUCUUUGAUUAUAAACAUGGUUCAGAAAUAGAAGAUGUCUCUUACGAGAGGUCAAUUUCAAUGAUAGAAAAGUGCAGGCAUGAAAUUCAAUCAGACGGCUUUUGGAUUGGCUUCACAGAUUCACUGCCUGCAGAUUCAAACUCGGAAUUACAAGUUGAAGAGAUUGUUUCCUAUGGAGUAGGUCAUAUAUCUUCAAAUCCCAUCGCAAGAUAUCAGUUUGCUCUUUUGAUUCUCAUCGCAAAACAUUUCCAGCUCACCGACAGUGUCCAUAUUUACGAUCCAGUGUUUACGUUGACGGAAAGAAAUAUUAUCAAGCAUUUCGGGUUUAAAUUGAUAACGCACAAUGAGGAAUGUAGCCGUCAAUUAGGAAGAGCAACCAUCGUGUUCAUGAUGCACUGCGGCAAGGCUAUGUACAACAAUUUGUUAAAAGCAAACUGGGGUGUCGAUCUUCAAAAUAUUGUCCUUAUAGGCAAUUCAUUUUCAUCUUAUGCGGAAAGGUUCCCGUCAAAGACCCUUGAAAUAGAGGCACAAUAUCUCUGUGACAUACUGCCAUACACAAAAGAGGCGAAGAUACCCAAUACUUUUAUCCACAAAGACGUUUUCAACGAUACAGCAAUAUUAACGUUUCCAAGGACUAUACUUAAUGAUGUAAAUAGUGAAUUCUGGACUCGUGAAAGGCGGGAAUUAAACCUUGACAAUGAUACGGAAAUUAUAGCAAAGUCUAAAAUAGAGGCAUUUAAAUCGUGAAUUCAUUUUUGAGUACAUUAGUAUUUUGCUAUGCUUAUUUUUAACACUAACCUUAUAAUUAGUUGCAGGUUUUUAAAACGAAUGUUUGUAGAACAUGUAAUCAUGCUUACUGUAGCAUCGAUGUUUUGUUAUCAUUA